AUGACAUUAAGUAUCAAUGCUCUUUUUUUCUCUUGUUAUUCCUCUAUUAUAUCUUCUCCUUUGGUGACCACCUCAUUCACAUCAUCUCUUGUUGGAAGAUGUUGUUUGACGUUAGAAGAGAACUCUAUGUGGCUCCUAACAACAAUCUAUCGCCCGUCUCGGGUUGAGAGAGAGUUUUCCAAAAAUGGUGACAUAGUAGAAGACUUCUUACUUUGCUGGCAAAACAAGAAUACUCUAUGUAUGAAGGAUGAUGGUGGAUCAUAAAGAAAGGUAUAAUCGAAACCAUAUGAAGCUCUGAUUGUAGCACCUCUUUGUCUUGUCAAUAUUCUACGGUUGGCUGAUGGGGAUAAACAAGCGGGCAAGACAAAAAAAAAAAAAAA